GGAAGUGAGUUCGGAACUCUUAGAGUUCAGCAAUAGUCAUUAGUUAUGCCUACUAGGAUAUGCGUGCUGGUGGGGCUUCUGUGCCUUGCAAGCUUCUGCUGCGGUAGUAAUGAGGCUGGGGAGGUGCUCCUGGUCAUCGCCUGUCCCCCGUAUUCUCUGCAGGCCAGCAUUGAGUGCUCAGCCUUAUCGCACAGCGUGCUGGAGCAGCAACGGGCACUGAAACUGGCGGGGAUCUUUCCCGAGGACUUUGUCCUGAAGGUCUAUGUGAUGCAUGAGCUCUUUCACUACUGGACCCUGCUGGACGCACUGCCUCAUCUGAGAGCCCAGGCACGUGUGCUGGGUGCGCGCACGGAAUGGAUUAUCUGGUGUCAACACAACACGCGUGUGUCUUCGCUGCGCGGCCUGCUCGAGCAACUGCGUCGUCAGGACUCGAGGGAGCUCGCUUUCUAUGGCCACGCUCUCCACGAUGCGGAGGCCACCAUCAUCCACCACUUCUCGAACUACAAGGAUCCCCAGCGGUUUCCAUACCCCAUGCUCAGUGCCGGAGUUGUUUUCACUGGUGCUCUGUUGCGAAGGUUGGCGGAUCUGGUUGCUCCUAGUGGCCAAAACAUCACCCUUCACAGCGACUUCUCCAUUGAUGCCUCUCACGAGCUGGCUCGCUUUAUUUUCGAGAAUGUAUCGCCCGACCCGCAUAUUAGCACCCCGAUUUCCGGAGGAAUCCUGCUGAAAAGUGCCAGCUACAUAUGUCCCACACCCACGUCCGUGCCAAACAGGAAACUGCCUUGUCUGCUGCAUGCGCAGCCGGAGGAGCCACUGACUUUGGGGCAGCGGAGGAAUGGCUGUGAGCACACAACAGGAUCGCACAUAUACUUCGCCAUCAAAACCUGUGCGAAAUUCCACAAGGAACGCAUACCAAUCAUCGAGCGCACCUGGGCAGCCGACGCCCGGAACAGGAGAUACUACAGCGAUGUGGCAGACGUCGGCAUUCCGACAAUCGGCACUGGGAUACCCAAUGUGCAGGCUGGACACUGUGCCAAGACAAUGGCCAUUCUGCAAUUAUCCCUCAAGGACAUCGGCGAGCAAUUGGACAUCCGCUGGCUCAUGCUCGUCGACGAUGACACGUUGCUGAGUGUGCCACGAAUGAGCGCCCUCCUCUGCCGCCACAAUGCCACGGAGCUGGUGUACCUGGGCCAGCGCUAUGGCUACCGGCUACACGCUCCCGACGGCUUUAACUACCACACUGGAGGAGCCGGCAUUGUGCUCAGCCUGCCGCUGGUGCGGCUCAUCGUGCAGCGCUGCAGUUGUCCCAGUGCCAGUGCCCCCGACGACAUGAUCCUGGGCUACUGCCUCCAAGCACUGGGCGUGCCGUCGAUUCAUGCUGCCGGAAUGCAUCAGGCCAGACCGCAGGACUACGCCGGCGAACUGCUGCAGCUGCAUGCGCCGCUGACCUUCCACAAGUUCUGGAACACGGAUCCGGAGCACACAUAUCGCCGCUGGCUCGGAGGCAGCCUGGUCAACCAGAGUGCCCCGCUGACGGCGCACAAGGAGCAGCCCGCUGCCGCACCACUCCACAUGACGAUGGGGCGACAUUCCUUGGCCGCAGGCGUCGGAUUGCUGCAGGAAACGGGGCUGGGCAAGCACCUGGAUCUCUGAGCCGCUCUGAGGUGAGUGGCGUGAGUACUGAUGGGCCAAGCUCUGCCGGAGUCAGUUCAACAGAAGUUGGCGGGCAAACCAGAAAAGCAAUCUGCUGGCAGUCAUCAAGCGGCUGCCAAGCACACAAAUUCCCAUUUUCUAUAGACCGAAAUUAAAAUUGGGAUUGGUUUAGUCGCAACUCUGUGCAUUCGUCUGUUUUGCGGCUUUCGUGUCAGUUUAAUUAGUAGAAAUGCUCAAAUGUGGCUGCGAUUUGCCUUGGCGGUAUUUGGGCUUGGAAAAUAUUAAUUUUCCAGCAUUUCGGGGACAUUUUCCGCUGACACAGACUCGAGACGUUCUAGGACAGCUCAGAAAACCCAGCUCAAAAGUGAAUCUGGCCAGUGACAUUACUGCCACAAAGAGGUUAAUGCUGGACUCAAAAUGUAGCUUAUUUCAAAGUACGAGGACAGCGUUCUUUAAAUUGGAUUAAAGAGCUAAGCCUAGAACAACGUAUAGUUUGAAGCCAUGUAAAUCACAUUUUUAUUAUAUCUUUGGUUUGAAAUAACUACCUUGCUUUGCUACCUUUUUUCCACUUCCACUUUUCCAUGAAAAUUUGGCACUACUAUAGUGGACAGAUCAAUUUCCCAGCAACGGAAUGCAUAUAAUUUGCAUUCGAUUCCAUUCGACGACACUUUAAUCACAUCGCAGCCCAAAGUACCUGCUUAAAUCAACAUUUUUUCGCACCUCGGCCGCAUUUUUUGACCUCAUUAAAUGCAAAUUUUUGAGGCUUCAAGGGACGAAUUGCUGAAUACUUCACUUUCGGGGGCAUCAACAGUUUACGCAUGGGUGCGCUUUUCGAAUGGCUGGCGUGGCACUUGGGUGGUGGCCACGUUGUACCGCCAUUCGCUCAUCCACCCAGCGCGUAUCCUUCGGAUAAACAAAGGGGUCAAUCUGAACGGAGCGGAAACUCUAGUCGAGUACUUUAAGUGCCAUGUCUGCUAUCUUAAUCGACCCUCUUUAAGGCGCCCAGUGCAUCUAUUAUUCAGGACUAAUCAAUAGUUUUCGCAGGUCAGCGGAGCCACGAAACAAUAUCAGGUGUUUUCCAAAUAGGCGAAAACAAUGUGUCAAUUGGUUAGUUUAUGUAGUUUGCUGACAGUCGAAAUAGUCGGUAUUUAAUUGGUACUGAAUUAAUAAGCGUUGUUUAUUUGGCUUUGAGCAUAUGACAGUGGAACUUAGAUAUACAAAAGUCAAUAUUGUUUAUUUAGCAGUCUAGUAAUGCUUAAAAGAAAAUCACAUGAGUCCAAAUAAAGCAAACAACGAACGUUUUUCAAACCUUUGUACAGAAUUGAUAAUGAAGUUUAUAUCUGUUUCCUUUCAAAAAGAUGUUACUAAGUACAGAUUGUGCUUUUCCGCUUCCGGUUGAAUUAAUGCAAUGAAUUGCUGUUAAUUUAUCCUUGUGGCUGCCUGUUUACUUGACCCCCUCCAAGUAGCUUAUCUCGUCCACGGCAGAGGAUGCCGUCGUAUCCGAAUUCCUGUCCACUACGUGCAGCCUUCUCGUCCUCAUCGUCCUAAUUAGUUGCGGAUUUUUCAGUGAACACCAGGAGAAACCCCGAAGUCAACUGCAGCAGCCACAUGACCGUACUGCGACAAGUUGAAUUUAAAACCAAAUUUAAUUUGCUUAAAUGCCGCAUGUGAAUGUAGGCGAGUGUGCCCUUCCAGUUGAUUUUGGUUGAAACUCACUGGGAGAAACCCACAAGGUAAUCCUUUCGGAUAUUCACUGUACCAGUGGCAGAAUCUUGUAGGAUUCCAGGCAAUAUGGUGGAAUUUUCUAUGGGAUUUAGCAUAGAGGAGAUAGGCUUUCUUUGGAUUCUAGAUGGAUUUCUUCGAUGAAGAAAUGGUUAAAUAAAUUGUAGAACCAUCUAAUGUUAACUUAACUAUGUAGUUUCCUUAUGAUUAUCAGCUUACACUUUAUUUGAUUCGCAUUUUCCACUCCAACAGCUUUGGACUUCAGAAAAAAUUGUUUGAAAAUCAUCUUGCGUUGGAGGGGCACGUAGAAUUUUCCGACUUUUGCAUAAAAUUACAGUUUGUCCUGCAGAUAGACACUAGUGGAGAUUACAUGGACACAUGGCUGUUGCCUGUGGCUUUUUGGAAGUGGAUUACGCCGAACAAUGUGACAUCGCUGGGAGUCCAACCAGGGCAGCUCUGCUAAUCUGUCGUGCAACAUCAAGAAGUUAAACCAUAAGAAAAUUUAAGUAACCGCCCUAAAGCUGGACAGGAUGAACAACAAGCAGAAAUUGUUUAAAAGAUUUCUUUUGGCUAAAGUGAGUUCAAUCCUUGGGGAUUUGCAAGCAUCUUGCGAAGGGGCGAGGUCUAAGUUCAACAACAGGCGGUACAGUUGUGCGCAAAAUAGUAGUUACAGAGCAGGGAAAUACAGUAUUGGACUGACCAAUAUUUGAUUUUCAACUGAGCAUAAAAAAAAUGUAUAUGAAAACUAUUGUAAUGCAUUUAAAUAUUAAAAAAUGAGCGUAUUUAUUCACAUGGACACAGGUGUGCUUUUGGUGUUUGGGGCCAACUUCGCCGUCCAGUUCCCAGUUGAAUUGGGGCAAUUG